AUGACCAUUAAUCCCUCUGUUCUCUACUUGUCUCCUUCAGAAGCUCAGAGGUUACGUUUAGUGGAUGGAGGAAGCCGCUGUGCUGGCAGAGUGGAGUUAGAAGAUGAUGGUAUCUGGGGCACUGUAUGUGAUGACAGCUGGGAUCUGACUGACGCCAGUGUUGUGUGCCGGCAGCUGGGUUGUGGAUGGGCCAUUCAGGCUCUGAAUGCCUCUUUUUUCCAAAAGGGAACUGGCCCCAUCCAUUUGGAUGAAGUGAAAUGCUCAGGGAAUGAAUCUUAUUUGUUGGACUGUCCCUCUGAGAAGAAUAAUGACUGUGGGCACAAGGAAGACGCUGGCGUGGUGUGUUCAGAUCACCAGGAAUGGCGCUUAUCAGGUGGACUAGAUGCUUGUGCUGGCCGAGUGGAGGUCUACUACAAGGGGGUCUGGAACACCGUAUGCGAUGGCUCCCGGGGUUUACGGACCUCUACAUACCUGAACCCAGGAACACCAACCAGCCCUCUGCCUACUACACGUUUGGCUGUAUGUGAGAACUGGGACAACAAGGGACCAUCAUACCAGAUGUUGCUGAUCCUCUGCAUCAUCUUGGGCCUUCUCCUUUUUGUGGCCACGUUGACUCUUAUGGGUUUGCUGAGAAGAAAACCUAAUACCCUUGAUCGUGGCAUUUCCUCAGCUUCAUUAACUGCUCCAGUCCUAAUGAAUCAUAGCAUGCAGAUCUCAGGGAUGCCCACUGGAGUGAAUAAUGACUAUCGGGAAAUGCUGACAAGCUCUCCCAAAGGAGAAGCAAAAGCAGUGAACACAUCUCAUACUGAAGAGUCCAGCUCUGAUUAUGAACACUAUGAUUUCAAGGACAAACCACCAGUGGCACUCUCUACAUUCUACAAUUCUCUUCGGCACCGAGCAGCCGAUCCAGACAUUCCUCCAUGCAACAUCCCCAUGCCAGCUAUGCAGGAGGAAGAACCUACUGCUGAGGGAAGCUCCAGUACUUCCUCUGGAGAUGAAGAAUGGUACGAGAACAUCCACAAACUAGCAGAACAAGACAGGCUUCCAAGAAAUAAGCCUUCCUUUGGAGGUCUGACAACCGUUUCCCAAACUUUGGUGAACUACAAGGCCGGGAUUGAAUCAUCUAAUAGCAGUGAUUAUGAUGAUAUGUGGCCUUCUGAGUGUUAGGGGAUGAAUCUGUUCUAAGGUUGCAACUCCAUCUGCCCUGUUCUUAAGAAAGAGCUGAGAAUAGAAAGCCUGAGAUCAAAAAUUGACUUUUUGGGGGAGGGGGAUGGAGUGCCAUGGCUCAGAUACAAACUGAGGUUUCUGGGGUCCCAAUGCAGAGUAAUACCACUAUACGAUUAUGCUCAGAAAUGGACUUCUUUUUGCAAGAUCCUCUGUGAAGAUUCAGCCAUUGUAAGAGAAAAGAAACUGAUCCCAGAAUCGAACCACCUCCACAAUGAACUGUCAAUUCCUAGCCCCCUCCAGAGAUAAAAUGGGGUUAUUACGCUGUUUUGGAGAGAGGUUUGUAUGGGAGAGAUAAUCAACAUCUCACCCAUCUCACAGUGAUAUUACGAAAAUUUAUUCACUGGGACUUGAGGGCCUAUGAGCUUCUGAGAUAGAAGGUAGAGAAGAAAAAUAAAUUCUCUAUCUGCCUGAAACUCAAUAUUCACCAUACAGAUUCCAAUCCCAUUCCUGUUAGUGGAAAGAAUGCUCUGUUUGCCUGGGAGUGUUUAUUUCAAUGUUAGGCUUAAGGCCUGAAGGCACUGAAUCUCCGUACCACCCUGUGACUGUCAAACAGCCAUUAUGAAUGUAGUUGAUGAAACCAAAGAACAAGCAUCUAUUUGAACCUUCUGCUGGUUAUUUGUACAACUCACUGAAACAAGUUAGACCUUGGCACUUUGUAAUGUUUUCUCCAAUGAACAUAACUUAAAAUUAGAGUAAAACUGUUGUAUGGAAGGAUGGAGGAAUAUCCAUAAUUUGGUAUAAAGAGUGAGAACCUCUUGCUGGAUAGGUAAUAGUCCCUGAGAGAUGUUCCCUGGAUGUGCCUGUAGGGACCCAUUUACCCAACUUUCUUAAGCAAUUAAAGCAUGGAGAAGGACCAUCCUUGGGACAG